UGUACAUUGUAUAAGGAAACCCCAGCGGACUCCUUUACGUAGAGGUGCUAACAAGAUGCCAACAUGAAAGACGUCAACAAUGCCCUCAGAGAAGCCCUUGGAAGAGGAAACGGAAAGCAUGGAUGGCUGCCAAUUUUCCUAGAAGAGAAAGUCCCAGGAAGUUCCCAAGAAGGUCACAACACGCCAUGCCCAAGAUCCAGACGCUCCAACCUAGACUGUAGACUGUUAGCUGGUUAAUGUUCAUUUUUAUAACUGGAAAAUUAACCCAUCAGCCUAAAUAAUAAGCAGGUAUGUUUGUAUAACUGGUGGGAGGAGCAGAGGGUUCUCUAUAAGGCUCUGCACUGUUAGUAAUCCAGUCCGCAUAAAGAACAUGUCUCAUCAGCCAUGGUGCAUGUUGGGUGUCCUGUACCUGCAUGUGAGGCAUGAAGCCUGCAUUGUGCGUGUCAGCACAUCCCUGGGCAAACGCGGGAAGGCCAACCUGCCCUUUUAAUGGAGGGAUUAAGCUGAUCAACUGCAUUUUCCUGGAUUACAGCCAGAGAUUAAAGCCAAGGAGAAUGAUGAGGGGGGCGUGGAGAUCUGGUGAACUACAAAAGGAUCUUGCCAAGUGCCACCCUCAUCCUAAAGGUCCCAGUGUUGUGUGACUGUGAACAGGGAUAAGAUCCGCUUCACAGUAGACCAAUUGGGCAGUGAGUUCUGUGCAGCAGCAGCAGCCGUUUGCUCCUCCAGCUGUUAGAGAAAUGGGCAACUCCAACGGGUGCACCGUGGACGACCUGCAGGCGGUGGAGAUGCACCUGUGGUACAAGAAGUUCAUGACGGAGUGUCCAUCAGGGCAGCUCACGCUGCACGAGUUCAAGCAGUUCUUCGGGCUGAAAGGAUUGGACCAAGAGGCCAAUGCCUACAUAGAGCAGAUGUUCCGAACAUUCGACAUGAACAAGGACGGCUACAUAGACUUCAUGGAGUACGUGGCGGCCCUGAGUCUGGUGAUGCGGGGAAAGAUGGAGCACAAGCUUCGAUGGUACUUCAAACUCUACGACGUGGAUGGAAACGGCUGCAUCGAUCGCUACGAACUCCUCAACAUCAUCAAGGUAAGGAGGUCACGCGCCCUUUGGCUCCCAGUUCCCCUAAACCUCCUCCUAGGUUUGAAUCUGACCUGCUGGUUUGAAUCCCUCUCCUCCAGGCCAUCCGGGCGAUCAAUGGGAACGACAAUCAGGAGACGACGGCGGAGGAAUUCACCAACAGAGUCUUUGAUAGGAUUGAUGUCAACGGAGAUGGUGAGCUGUCUUUGGAGGAGUUUGUGGAAGGCGCCCGAAGCGAUGAAGACUUCAUGGAGGUGAUGAUGAAGAGCUUGGACCUGCGCCACAUUAUGGCUAUGAUCCACAACAGGAGGCACAGUGUUUAGGCUCUGCACGUCCCUCAUCUUACCUCACAACUCUGCCUCUUGGGAAAAAAGAAAAGCUCUUCUGUACAGUAAUUUGACUCCACCGUAACGCUGACAUAUCCUAAGUUUAUUCUCCAAAUGAGUGACACUCAUGCACUUUAAACGGGCUUUCUCCAGUGUUUAUCCUGGGUUAAUA